AUGGCAAAGAAGAGAGGAGCGGAGACCCUCUUCUUUGUUCUCUUCCUGGAUUAUUGGCAAGGUGCAGAGCCUCACCCUUUCCAUCUGACCAGAGUUUCAAAUGCUGAAUUUUCAUCAAAUUCAAAAAUUUUGGACAAAGGUCUGGCUAAACUCUUUGAAGAUGAUCCAUCAGAUGAUCAAAAUCACAACCCACCACACGUGGAAAACAUCUCCCAAACUGUCCCAAGAUUGUCAGAUCACAUUGCAGAGGAGCAGAGGGAGCAAGAAUCCUCUCUCUUCAACAGGGAUGUGAGUGAUACGCAAUCAACGACCAUCGAUAAAGGGACGCGUCAAGAAGCAGUCAGUCCAGAUGUUCCGAGCAGGGGCAUGCCGUGCUCACAGCUCCUGCAGUUCCUCCAGAAGAACAUCAUCGUCGCUGCCGUCUCGGUGGUGGGGAUUGCCAUGGCCGCGGUGCUGCUGCUCCUGGCGCUGCUCAUGUACGUCAGGAAGAGACAGUCGCUACAUUCUCCGGCAGACAUGACAUACAAUAUUUUUAUAAUGAAUGGAAAGACUUGGUGGCAAAAGUCUCAAGACAAGAAGACCAAAAAACAUGCAGGAAAACAGCAACAGCUGAAGUUAAAUUCCGGUAUCUAA